UAUCCUUCUUCCUGUCUUUCAAAAGUGAGAAAGGUUCCUUCUGCACUGCCUAUAAAUGCACUACUCGUGGAUAUCAGCUUCAACCUCACCCACUCCGGAUACCACUGUCUCCAUCUAGCUGUGUGAAAUUUAGUCAGGAACAGAGAAAUGGCAAAUGCGGUGAGGAGGAUGAAGCUGGGAUCUCAAGGCCUUGAGGUCUCCGCGCAGGGGCUAGGUUGUAUGGGCAUGUCCGCCUUCUACGGCCCUCCCAAGCCCGAAGCCGACAUGAUUAAUCUCAUCCACCACGCCAUCAACGCCGGCAUCACCUUCCUCGACACCUCCGACGUCUAUGGCCCCCACACCAACGAACUCCUCCUUGGGAAGGGUUUGAAGGGAGGCAUGAGGAAGAGAGUGGAACUGGCAACCAAGUUCGGGGCCAGCCUGGCCGACGGCAAGAGAGAGGUGCGGGGGGAUCCGGCGUAUGUGAGGGCGGCAUGCGAGGCCAGCCUGAAGCGCCUUGGGGUGGAUUGCAUCGAUCUUUAUUACCAGCAUCGCAUUGACACCAAAGUCCCCAUUGAAGUCACGGUGGGAGAACUCAAGAAACUAGUUGAAGAGGGUAAAAUAAAAUAUAUAGGUCUAUCUGAGGCCUGUGCUUCCACUAUUAGAAGAGCACAUGCAGUUCAUCCGAUAACUGCUGUGCAGUUGGAGUGGUCUUUGUGGUCAAGAGAUGUAGAAGAAGAAAUAGUUCCUACUUGCAGAGAGCUUGGCAUUGGAAUUGUUGCUUAUAGUCCCUUAGGACGGGGAUUCCUUUCGUCAGGUCCAGGUUUACUUGAGAAGCUGUCAAAUGAUGACUUCCGAAAGUAUAUGCCCAGGUUCCAGCCUGACAAUAUCAAGCAUAACAAAAGCAUAUUUGAGCGGGUAAAUGAAUUGGCAACAAAGAAGGGAUGCACACCAUCUCAGCUAGCAUUGGCCUGGGUCCAUCACCAAGGAAUCGAUGUGUGCCCUAUUCCUGGCACGACAAAAGUUGAAAACCUCAGCCAGAACAUCGGAGCUUUAUCCGUAAAACUAACCCCAAAAGAAUUGGCCGAACUUGAGUCCCUUGCCGCUGGGGAUGCAGUGAAAGGUGAUAGAUAUGGAGCAGAAGUGUCUACUUGGAAAAAUUCUGAAACUCCACCUCUAUCAUCAUGGAAGACGGAGUGAUGAGAGAGAGGGAGGUUGUGGGAGGGAAGAAUGGAGAGAGAAGAGUAUGAAUAAGAAGAGAGAAUAAGGAUUGUACUGAUGCAAGGGAUGGAGAAAAUGGUGAAUAGGAUUUCAGAAUUACAGAUUACUGCUAAAUACCGAAUUGCCAGAAAUUGGAAUAAAUAAAUAAAUAAGGCCUCUUUCUUAUCA